AUGGGUGUUGCAAAGAAGACAAGAAAGUUCGCGACGAUGAAGCGCGUCAUCGGGACGCGCGAUGCCCGUUUGAAGAAAAACCAAGUAAACGGAGAAUUAGAGGCAAAGAAGAAAGCCGAUGCGGAGCUCUCGAAACGUGAAAUUGCGCAGGCUCCAUCCUCCAUGUUCUUCCAAGCAAACGAAGCUCUCGGUCCACCAUAUCGCGUUCUCAUCGACACCAAUUUCCUGUCACAUACAGUCCGUGGUAAAUUAGAGCUCCAGAAAUCCUUAAUGGAUUUACUCUUCGCCAAAGCGACGCCCAUAAUCUCGUCCUGCGUCAUGGCCGAACUCGAAAAGCUUGGCCCAAAAUACCGAAUAGCCCUCCGAAUUGCUCGCGACGAACGCUGGGAUCGUAUCAAAUGUGAUCACAAAGGAACAUACGCAGAUGACUGCAUAGUGGAUAUGGUCACGAAGCACCGGAUAUACUUGGUUGGCACGAACGAUAGAGACCUCAAGCGCCGCUUGCGAAAGAUCCCCGGUGUACCGAUCGUUAGCGUCGCGAAGGGCAAAUAUGUGAUCGAGAGGCUGCCUGAUAACCCGGACAGCAAGUGA